AUGGAAGACUGCGGUGGACGCCCCGUCUGGGACGUUGACGACCUGUCACAAUGCUUCCAGCACAGGUACCUCGGGUUCAUUCUCCCUAUAGCUUCCUGUGCCAUCUCGCUGGUUCUGGUCAUUGCACACGCUCUGCUUUACCGGAUUGCCGAGUACCGGAGGAGGCAGUACAAACAAGCCCCGUCUGAUAUCGUGGAUGUACAUGCCAAUGGAGCCGACGAUGGAGCCUACAGAGAUGACGGAGACGAAGAGAGUGACUUGAUGCUCAACAAAGUCAUCAGUCGCACGGCAGAUGUCCUGAUUGAGCCCGAUAAGCCGCGUGGGAAGACGCUGGUCAACACGAUCGAGAUACUCGCCUUGGUCGGCCAGGUGGUCACGAACGGUAUCGGCAUAGCUGCCGUGGGCAUUCGUAUACCUGCUCAGACCUCCCUUAUCGUUCGUCUGGCUUCAUGGAUAUAUAUCCUGGCCCUCGCCGUUGGGAGACUCGCCUCUUCGCCAUCCAGGUGCCCGUCACUACCAAAACUUUGGAACCAUACUGCCUCUCUGUACUCACUACAAUGGCUCUUCAUUGUGUUACCGUUCCGUUCGAUCCUCAUCCACAGGCCGCAGGAUUCCAAUAUGCCCUUCUUGGCCACGGAUUUUGGGCUGUCGACUAUCUUGCUGCUGAUCGCCCUUACCACCCGAAAGGGCGGAGAGACCGUCCUCGUCCAACACGAAGACGGCAUGACUCCUCCCAAGGACCAAUUUGCCAGUCUUUUCUCCCUGGCCAGCUUCUCGUGGAUGGACUCCUUCAUCGCCAUGGGAUAUAAGAACUCCCUGGAAAUCAAAGAUGUCUGGAACCUGAAGCCAGACGGCCACGCAACCGCGGUCCUGGCCAGCUUCAGACAGUAUAAGAAGGCCUGUACCAUGGCCUGGAACCUGGUAGGGUACUUUACCCCCGACCUGCUCAUCCAGGGUCUCUGGGCAAUCUUAGCCAGUCUCUUCACCUUCCUCCCCACCUGGCUCCUCAAGUUUAUACUGGAGUAUGUUGAAAACCCCGAUGAGACGCCCGUAAGUGCUGCAUGGCUCUAUGUCGUGCUCAUGUUUGUCUGUGGAGCCGUCCAGGCAGUCGGAGACGGCCAGUCUCUAUGGCUUGGAAGAGAACUCAGUGUCAAGCUUAGAGCCAUUAUCGUCGGUGAGCUUUACGCCAAAGCUCUCAGACGCAAGGCCGGUGCAUUUGUUGGAAGUGCCGCCAAGGGCGAGGAUGAGAGUAAGGACCAGCCAAAGGCUUCCAAGAAAUCAAAGGGCGAGGGUGAAGAUGCACCCAAGAAGGGGUCCGAUGGUCAGGCCAACUUGGGGAAGAUUAUCAACUUGAUGGCCAUUGACUCGUUCAAGGUCAGCGAUAUCUGCGCUUAUCUGCACUUCCUCUGGGCCAGUGUUCCUACCCAGCUUAUCGUAGCCGUAUACUUCCUCUAUCAGGUCCUGGGUGUCAGCUCUCUGGCUGGAGUUGCAAUGACGAUCUUAAUCGCUCCAUUAAACGUUUAUAUUGCUAGCAGAUUCCGAGCUAUUCAGUACAAGAUACUUGCCGCCACUGAUGCUCGUAUCCAUGCCACAAAUGAGGUGUUACAAAAUAUUCGAAUCAUCAAAUACUUCGCCUGGGAACAUCGCUUUGAGGGCAUCAUAAACGAAAAGAGACAGGCCGAGCUACGUCACAUCCGCUCCCGUUACUUGCUCUGGGCCUGGGCUGUUACUCUAUUCUACGGCACACCACUUAUCACCACACUCUGCACGUUCUACAUCUUCACAUAUGUGGAGAACAAGAAGUUGAUCCCAUCAAUUGCGUUCCCUGCCUUGUCUAUGUUCUCGCUACUCCGUGUUCCUCUGGACCGACUGGCUGACAUGGCAGCACACGUCCUCGAAGCAAAGGUAUCCAUUGAUCGAGUUGAAGAAUUCCUGAGUGAGGAAGAGACCGAAAAAUACCAUCAACUGAAGGAUUGCAGCACUAAGGAGCCGAAAAUCUGUUUGGAGAACGCCACGUUGUCCUGGGGAACUGGCAAGAUGAAUCCUAGCAGCGUGUUGAGUAGCACUGCCCCAGCCUUCCGAUUGAUAGACGUCAACGUGAAUUUCCAGCUUGGAAAGCUAAAUAUCAUCGCUGGCCCAACUGGAUCCGGAAAAACUUCCUUGCUCAUGGCAUUACUGGGAGAGAUGAGCUUGAUCAAGGGCUCUGUGUCUUUGCCUGGAGCAACCAGUGAUCGAGCUGACCUUCGUCCCAACCCAAUGACCUCUCUGACGGAAAGUGUUGCGUACUGCGCCCAAGAAGCUUGGCUUGUCAACAAUACGAUCAAGGAGAAUAUCAUCUUUGCAUCAUCCUUUGAUGAAAAUCGAUACCAAGCCGUUAUCAAAGCUUGCUCGUUGGAACGUGACCUUGAAAUCUUGGAUGCCGGAGAUCAAACUCUUGUAGGCGAGAAGGGCAUCAGUCUUUCAGGAGGUCAGAAGCAGCGAAUCUCUCUGGCCCGAGCCAUGUACAGCAGUGCUCGUCACUUACUUCUCGACGACUGCCUCAGCGCUGUCGACUCACACACGGCCAAGCACAUUUUCAACAACGCCAUACUUGGUCCGCUCAUGAUGAACCGCACAUGUAUCCUGGUCACUCACAAUGUUUCGCUCGUCUUACCCCAGGCCGAAUAUGCUGUCAUACUAAACAACGGACGUGUUACAGCUCAAGGCUCACCUAAAGACUUGAUUGAUGCCGGAGCUAUUGAGGAUGAUAUCCUCCGAUCAGGAUCUCAUGGUCCUUCCGAGCUAGCGUCUCGUGUGCCCUCAAAUCUUGAAGAGACUGUAGCCGACCAGGCAAAGAAUGCUGCCUCUGCCACCAAUGGAGGCGUAAGAGCUCUAAAGAAGAAGAAAGCCACAGCAGCUUCACCGCCUACCAAUGAAGAGCUGAAAGUUACUGGAAGUGUUCCAAUGUCGACUAUCUACAUGUACCUUCGUGCUAUGGGACCAUGGUACUUCUGGGUCUUAGCAAUGUUCUUCUUCCUUCUCCACCAGCUCGCAUCUUUGGCGCCAAAUGUCUGGAUUAGGCAGUGGGCCAAUGCGUAUGAGAUCAGGAACAGCACCCAAAGCACUGGAGCUACCGCAUUCGACGUACCUAGUUUGAAUUUUGGAAACACAGCAGCCAUGUCGUUUAUCUCUCAAACGCCCAAGGAGCCUCAAUUUUCCGCCAUGCGCAGGAAAUAUGCCGAUAUUAACGAAUCCUACUACCUCUGGAUAUACCUUGUCCUCACCAUCAUGUACAUUUUCAUUACUUUCAUCAGGGAGUGGAUUUUCUUCUGGGGCUCCAUUCACGCAUCGAGAAAAGUCCAUGCAUGGUUACUCCGAGCUGUGAUGCGGGCCAAGUUCAAGUUCUUUGAUUCAACUCCCUUGGGUCGUAUCAUGAAUCGAUUCUCGAAGGAUAUUCAGUCUAUUGACCAAGACGUUGCAGCUACUGCUAUCGGCGUUAUACACUGCGCAGCCGCAAUUGCUAUGAUUGUUAUCCUUAUCUCCGUUAUCACUCCAAAAUUCUUAAUCGCCGGUGUCUUCAUCACCGUAAUGUACAUUGCCCUCGGAGCCUUCUAUAUAAAUACAUCCCGUGACCUCAAACGUUUGGAAUCCAUCCAGCGAAGCCCGCUGUACCAGCAAUUCGGCGAAACCCUGAACGGAGUCGUCACUAUCCGAGCCUACGGCGACGGCGCUCGCUUUAUUUUGGACAAUCAUGGCCUAAUCAACACUUACAACAGGCCUUAUAUCUACCUAUGGGCCGCUAACCGAUGGCUUGCCUUCAGAGUCGACAUAAUCGGUGCCCUAGUCUCAUUCUUCGCAGCUGCCUUCCUUAUUCUAAGCGCUAAUACUGUCGAUGCUGGAGCAGCAGGUUUGGCAAUGACAUAUGCUAUUACGUUCUCCGAAAACAUCCUUUGGUUAGUCAGGCUUUAUUCCGAAAACGAGCAAAAUAUGAACUCGGUUGAGCGUGUGGAGGAAUACAUGAAAGUGGAACAGGAGGCACCGGCAUUGAUCCCAGAAACUAAACCGGCUAGAAUCUGGCCAAGUAAGGGUGCCGUCAGGUUUGUUGAUUAUUCCACCAGAUAUCGCCCUGACCUAGACCGAGUAUUGAAGGGCGUGAGCUUCGACAUUCAACCUGGUGAACGUGUUGGUAUUGUCGGUAGGACCGGUGCAGGGAAGAGCUCCCUAGCGCUAGCUCUAUUCCGAGGUCUUGAGGCGGAAACCGGAAAGAUUCUAAUUGAUGAUGUUGAUAUUGGAUUGAUCGGUCUGCAGGAUCUUAGACAAAACAUCACGAUUGUGCCACAAGACCCCACCCUUUUCACAGGAACGAUUAGAACAAACCUUGACCCAUUCGGUUUGUUCACAGAUGAAGAGAUCUUCACGGCCCUACGCCAAGUCCAUCUCCUCGGCCCAGCCAUGACCAAUUCCGAGGAAGCAGAACGGCCACAUAGCAAUACAAUUCCCGAGUCAAACGCUGAAUCAGCUCCGUUACUACUUGAAGAAGAUACUGUGCCUAACACCCCUCAAGAUUCCAACACCCUAGUUGGAACUGCAAACGGCAGCACAGCCGAUACAGAUGUCAGCGCGGCCCAUCUGCAGGAUAACAAAAAUAUUUUCUUGAAUCUCGAAUCAGCCAUCACCGAGUCCGGAUCCAACCUUUCCCAAGGUCAACGACAACUCCUCUGUCUAGCCAGAGCCUUGCUCAAAUCUCCAAAGGUUCUUCUAAUGGAUGAAGCAACAGCCUCAAUCGACUAUGCUACCGAUUCCAAGAUCCAAGACACCCUUCGCGAAUUAAGGGGUAACAACACGAUAUUGACAAUAGCACAUCGCCUCCAAACAAUCAUCGACUAUGAUAGGGUUCUUGUUCUUGAUCAUGGUGAGGUAAAGGAGUACGAUGGGCCCUGGCAGCUGAUUAACAAAGAAGGAGGAAUUUUCAGGAGUAUGUGUGAAAACAGCGGAAACAUGGAGGUUUUGUUGGAAGCUGCAAAGAAGGCCUGGGAACAACACAGAUUAGUGGAUGAUUCUUAG